GAGGAUGAGAGAUCUACUGGAUGCUGGAUGCGACACCCGGGCCACAGAUAAAGAGGGAAGGACACCCCUCCACUUGGCUCUGUGGUGCUGGAAUGAGGCAGCAGCAGAGCUCCUAGCGGAUGUAGACGGCGAGAACAACAUCCAGGAUGCGCUCGGAUUCACCCCUCUGCAUUACGCUGCGGUGAGGGGACUCGUCGGAAUCAUCCAGAAGUUGCUCGCUUGUGGUGCAGACACACGUCUGAAGGAUGUUCGUGGAAUGACGCCCCUGCACACUGCCCUGGCCUUGAGACAUGAAUGUGCAGCGAGAUCGCUGUUGGAGGCCGAUUCUGCACUCGACAGCCCGGAUGAAGAGGGGCGCACCCCUCUGCAUUACGCUGCACUGAGGGGUUCUGUGCAGAUAGCGAGAGAGUUGUUGUCGAGGGGUGUGUGUCCGCACGUGAAAGCUGACGAUGGGAAGUAUCCCUUGCACAUCGCUCUGAGGGAAAGUCACUAUGACGUCAGGGGAGUGAUCCUCGCAGCUUACGCCUGCAGAGGCAUCGCGAUAGAUUGGAACGAGAUGAAGCUUCCACCGGAUCAGAUGGAGCGCUGCAUCCUAUUGCUCUCGGUGCGAGAGGCCGAGAUCCGAAGGAUGAAGGAUUCCCGGGUGGAAGGAUCCAGGCUGUCCUUCUACCACGUUGCCAGGCGACCCACAUGCAGGAUCGCCCCGUGUCUUUCCAAUGAAGUGAUCCGACGGCUUUUGGUCGGUGAUGGCCCAGUGCCGGAUUUUCCCGUCUACGGCCACCUCCUCGCUUCGAAACUGAAGCAAGUCGAGGAGAGGAGGAAUCUCGCCGAUCGGUGUCUCGAGUGCUUCUGCCUCCUCUCCCGGAAGUUGUCUCCUUUGCCGUUGACGUGCAUCGACAUCAUCUUCCUGUGCCUGACUAGCGCUGACAUGCGAAACUUCAUCCGUGCCAUCCAGCAUGAGUCUCGAAGUGUCCUUUGAAGUGCCUCGCAGUAAGGAGAAAAGGGUUGACUGAAACUAAGCCUUGUUGAUAGUCAUUCUGUGCUGCCGUGGA